AUGUUCUACGCCCACUUCGUCCUCAGCAAGCGUGGGCCGCUCGCCAAGAUCUGGCUGGCGGCCCACUGGGACAAGAAGCUGACCAAAGCCCACGUGUUCGAGUGCAAUCUGGAGAGCAGCGUGGAGAGCAUCAUCUCACCCAAGGUGAAAAUGGCUCUGCGGACGUCGGGGCACCUGCUGCUGGGGGUGGUGAGGAUCUACCACAGGAAGGCCAAGUACCUGCUGGCCGACUGUAACGAGGCCUUCAUCAAGAUCAAGAUGGCUUUCAGACCAGGUGUGGUGGAUCUGCCGGAGGAGAACAGAGAAGCAGCCUACAACGCCAUCACUCUUCCUGAGGAGUUCCACGACUUCGACCAGCCACUGCCGGACCUCGAUGAUAUUGACGUGGCUCAGCAGUUCAACUUGAACCAGAGCAGAGUGGAGGAGAUCACCAUGAGAGAGGAGGUGGGCAACCUCAACCUGCUGCAGGACAACGACUUUGCUGACUUCGGGAUGGAGGACCGCGAGCUGAUGCGGGAGGAGAGUGCGUUCGAGGUGGACAUGAUGGAGACGUCAGCCUCCAACCUGCUGCUGGAGGCGGAGGGCGUGGCCAACCCGAUAGUGGACAAGUCCAACCACCUGGAGUACGACGACCACUACAAGGACGACUUCGGGGACAACCCCAUGGAGAGCAGUGAGGGGGGCAUGCUGGUGGACAAGCUUCUGAGCAAUGAGGACGGAGGUGGCAUCUUUGACGACCCCCCCGCCAUCACAGCAAGUGUGAUGAUGCCUCAGGACCACGGGGAUGAUGACGAUGACUUUGACGCCCUCUCGGCGGGAGCUCCAGACAGUCCAGACUCAGGCCCCACUGAGCCCCUGCCGGUCAUGGCCGACCAGACGGAGCAGACGGCGCUGGUUCACAACGAGGAGGAAACCUUCGCCCUGGAGCCCAUUGACAUCACAGUGAAGGAGACCAAGGCAAAGCGUAAGAGGAAGUUGAUUGUGGACAGCGUGAAGGAGUUGGACAGUAAAACCAUCCGAGCACAGCUCUCUGACUACUCAGACAUCGUCACCACGCUGGACCUGGCGCCUCCCACCAAGAAGCUGAUGAUGUGGAAGGAGACCGGGGGCGUGGAGAAGCUCUUCUCCCUGCCAGCUCAGUCGCUCUGGAACAUGAGGCUGCUUAAGAUGUUCACAAGGUGUCUGACGCCCCUGGUACCUGAUGAGCUGAGGAAGAGGAGGAAAGGUGGAGAGGCAGACAGUCUGGAUGAGUUCCUCAAAGAUCUGGAGAAUCCAGAGGUCCCCAGAGAGGAAACCACAGGUCCCCAGCAGAGAGACAUCAUGGACCAGACCAUCAUGGAGGAGGCCAGCAUGCUUCAGACUGCAGCGGUGGAGGGCAGCAGGACCACACUGGACGAGUCAGUGAUGCCGCCACCAUCUUCCCAACGAGGCAUAAAACGCAAAUCCCAGGACACAGAGCCAGAUCUGCCUCAGCAGCAGCAGCAGCAGCUGGAGACUCCAUCCAUUGUGGACUUGCCCCCAGAGGAGACCACCACGAGCAUCAACCAGCUGAUAGAGUUGGACCUGCUCAUUGACAAGAAGAAGAACGAUGACGACUCUGAUGAAGAGGAGGAGGAGGCGCAGGGAGACCAGGACCAGGAGGAGAGGAGGUGGAACAAAAGAACCCAGCAGAUGCUCCAUGGCCUCCAGAGGGUGAUGGACAAAACGGGCACCCAGUCGAUCAGCCUGCUGGACAUGUGCUGCAACAACAACAGGAAGCAGGCUGCAGCCAAGUUCUACAGCUUCCUGGUUCUGAAGAAGCAGCAGGCGGUGGAGCUGGUGCAGGAGGAGCCUUACAGUGACAUCAUCGCCACACCCGGACCUCGCUUCCACAUCAUCUAG